UAAUUGUUUUAAUGUCAAUAGAAGAUUCUUCCAAGGUAGGGAGCGACUUUUGAAAUAAAAAGUAUACGCUACAAGCAAUCAAAAAAUUUCAGGGUCCCCAGAAAAAUUAGGUGGAAGAAAAUUCAGGCCUUCUGUGGAAGAUUUGCUUUAGCACAAGAGUUGAGGAAGGCGAGAAAGGUUCGUUUCCAACAAUGGGUGGUGGUAGAGAUGCUAGAAUUGCUUCUGAUUCUGAUUCCUUGGAGGAUGUAAACUCAAUUCUGUGUGCAGACAAAGUGAAGCAAUGUAGGCAAGUUAGCCGAGAAUUGGGUGUUCUGCGGAAUGAAAUUAUCACGGGAGAAAGUUGCCAAACAACUACAGAAGUCCUCUUUAAUGUGUCAGUUUGCACCCAAUUUUGUAAGGUCCGUGAUGAUGUUGAUUCCAGAAUGGCAAAAUUGAACGGUGAAGUCAGACACAGUGAAGUAGGUUUCGAAGGGAAGAAUCGAGAGGGGGAUGACAGAGAAAGUUGUAAGUCAAGUGCAUCAGUGAAUCAACUAGUCGAGAACUACUUGGAGAAUGAAUUUGGAUCUGAGGAUGCCACUUUGAACGAACUAAGGUCUCUGUGGGGGUUAGAGGAUGAUUCUAGAGAAGAGCGAAGGAGAGCAGAGAUGUAUCGCAAGAUUAUUCACAAGCGUUCUAUAUUGAAAAUGCGAUCAGGGAAAAUUCAAGAUGAGAAGGAAAGGCUAUUAAGAUACAAACCUGGGAGUUGGCUUGUAGAGACUGGUGGUAUGAAUAGAUGUGAUUACCGAAUUCCAACUGUUACAACACUGUUGCUCGUUGGGCCAAAAGGAGCUGGAAAAAGUACUCUUAUUAAUAAUAUACUACGGGUUCUCAGUUCUGGAAAUGAAAGAAUAGACGGAGCUCAAGUUUUUUACAAGUCAUCUUCUGAAAGCGGGAGCUACUUUCUCCAGGAGUACACAGUUCCCCAAGCCUCUAAAUCAUUCUGUGUUUUUGAUAGCAGAGGCUUGUCGCAGAGUGUUGCUAAGGAUUUUCCCGUCCUUAAGAAAUGGAUGGUGAAUGGUAUCCGUCAUGGAGAAAUGGUUGUAAGGUCAUCUGAUGACGAUACCGUGAGAAUGUCAAUGAAGCACAAGGCACGUGAAGGGCAUUACAAGCUCAGCAAGAUAAGGAAAGUCAAUUUUGUGAUAUUUGUUGUGAGUGCACUUUCCAUCAUUCAAAUUAUGGACAAUGGGGAUAUACGAUCUUCUGAUACACUGGUGAAACUUUUCAACUGUCCAUAUAUUUCCUUCAAAGAUGAUAAACCUAUAGUUGCCAUGACACAUGGAGAUGAACUCAAUGAUUCUGAUCGUAUUAGAGCCCAUAUUUUUCUAGGACAGUUAUUAGGUGUCUCAGCUGUUGAUCAAGUUUAUGAUAUUUCAGUCACUUUCUUGAAUGCAGAUGAUCAUGAUCUGGUUACAGACAUGUCACUACUAGAUAUGCUAGGGUGUUCCUUGCAGCGAGCAGACAGAAAUCUUCCUUACAAGGAAAAAGAUGGGUUGCAACAAUUUUUAUCCUUGGUAAAGGAACUCACUGCAGGUGCAGAAUGGCUUUCAAAGAGAGAUGAAUUUAGAAGUUGUGUGAUUGUGGUAAUGCUAGCCAUUCUAAUGUGGAUUCAGUAUUCAUCCCGUCCAAAGGAACCUAAAAUUGAAUGGCAUCGUAUCCGCCAUCUGUGGUAUGGCUGAACUACACAUGAUAUUAUUUUGUUCUUUUAAUUGCAAGCUACAUCUGGGAUUUCUAAAUUAACAGCCAGGAUUUCUUUUUUCUGUGGUUUAAUAGUAAAUAUUUGAAAGGUGGGCAUUUGUAUAGGAUAUUAGGAGAUAUGUGGUUAUUGAAGGAGAAGGGUUGACAAUUGAAUUGUCAAGCAUGUAGGGAGCUACAUUCUGACAAAUGCUUUCCUGGUUCAAAUGCGUGCUAAGGUUUAUGUAUAUAAUAGCAUAAAUAUACACAAUUUUUGUAUACCAUGUAAAAAAAUAGAAUUUUAUAUAUGUGUAUUGUUGUAUAUACUAUAUAGCCAAAGAUUUGUGUGUA